AUGAAUAUUGCAGUGAACAAUGUGGAAGAAAAAGCUGUCCAUUCCUGGUCGAGAAUUUCCUCUGCAGGACAGAAAGUGCUGGAGGAAGCCCUCCGAGUCUUCAACCCGAUGUCCAAGGACCUUUCGGACACAGAGACCCAGUUGGUGGCCUUCAUUCAGGGCCUGAAGGAGGAGGGCUACCAGCCCACAAUCCUGAGGAGUAAGGAUGUGUACGGGUACAGCUCGUGCACGGCAGACACCCCUAGUCAGACGAAAGAGAGCACCCCCCACAGCUGCGCCACCGCUGCCGAGUCCACUAAGGGUCCGGCCAGGAACACCGCGGCUGUGCCGAAGGUGUCUGCUCCGCCCACCGGCGUGCGGGUGAACUCUUCGAAAGUCUCCGCUCAGCCCGUCUCCAAAGGGGAUUCCACAAAUCUCCUCUUGAGCUCCUUGAAGCAGACGAGAUCCGGCACGUCCAAGGCCGCGGCAGUGGGCUUCCCUACGAGCGUGUACCCCGACGUGUAUCCAGCCAUGAGACUGUCGGUGGUGCUGGAAGCUCUGGUGCCGCUGAAAACUAGCGCCUCCUGUUUGGAGUCCAAGUACGCACGAGGGCGUCUUGGGAUCUCGCCCUCAGACCUUAAACUCCUCAAGGCUUCGAGUCCGCUGAGGCAGUUUUCUUCAGGCAAGGCCGCUAAAGCCACAGAAGGUAAGAGGUACAAGCGUUUGAUACAGAAAGCACCGAAUUCUCCCACCCUCGCUUUAAAUCUUCUGAAGGGACCAAAGGGUGGAGUGCUGCAGGAGAGCAAUGCUUGCAAAGCCUCGGGAGUCCUCAAUGGGAGAGUCACAGGGAGCUCUUCCCAGGGCUGCACCACGGCGCCGCAGUCCAAGACCUUGAAAAUCAAAGAUAAGGAAGCUCUGGUGGGGAAAACGGAGUGGACGAACAGCAGCGCUUACCGGGAGAGCGUGGGGCAGAAGAAGAGAAGAGCUACAGAGGCAAGAGAAGCACCACAGAGGAAGAAAGCAAAUACCAUUCCCAUCCAAAAUAAAUCUCGACGGGCUCAGAGCACUUUGAACCUGCUGAAAUUCCGGGCCAUCAAGGUGGGCAACUCUUCCUCUGAUGAUGAAGUGAGGAGGAGAGCACAGAAGAUUCUUAGGGUCAACCUGUCCCCUGUGAUCCGAAUUCAGCCCUUGUCCCACUCUCACAGCGUCCCCUGA